AUGGAAGCGGAAGCAUGUGCAGAGCGUUUUCUAUGGUGCUUCGCCCGCUACCACUGGUGGCCCGACGCUAUAACGAGCGAUAGGGGCUCGAAUUCUAAGCACGGCGUACCACCCCAAACCGACGGAGGCCCUGAGAGGAUGAACCAAGAAGUACAGGCAUACCUCCGCGCCGUGAUUAACCAGAACCAGAACGACUGGGAUAAGUGGGUUCCCGCGGCUCAGAUGGCGUUAAACGGUCGGUUCCUCGUUACGGAAGCAUAUGCGGAAGAGUAUCCUCAGCAUUCGCCAGAAACCAGGGCAAAGAAAUUUGUUACCAAACUACAACAGAUUACGGACCUCUGCCAAGCAUCAAUGGCGACAGCUACGCAGCAACAAGAACGCUUCGCUAACAGACGACGGAACGCGGCAGAACGCUUCGAAGUAGGCGAUAAGGUUUGGCUUGACUUACGGAACUACGCGUCAGAGCGACCUAAGAAGAAGUUCGACUGGCUGCACGCUAAGUAUACGAUAAGCAAGGUACUCGACCCGUACACGGUUGAACUAGCAGACCUCCCGAGGGGCUGCUAUAAUAGGUUCCACGUCGACCAACUCCGGAGAGCGGGACGGACCCAAUGCCUGGUCAGCAACGCACAGACGCUCAACCCCAUCUAUCCAAACCCGACCUGGACCUCUUUAGACAAUAUGCAACAGACAGCGGCCUUGGAUAAGUACGAACAGAGAUACGGCCCGGCUCUCGAAAACGAUGGACCAUACCAGCACCGACGAGUGGCAACGGAAGCACAGCCGGCCCAAAUCCAGGGGCAAGUCGAAGGAAUACAACCACAGCUGCAGAUACAGGGCAAGAGAAUACGCGGACCACUACGGGCUAGGACUAAUGGCGACGCCCCUGAAGGCCAAAAACGCGAUGUCCUUCUUGGACUUCCGCGCUUAGUCGGUCCACACUCCGGUGAGAAUAUCGCCGCCUAUCUCAAGGAGGUAAUCGAUCGAUACGAGUUGGGGUCCAAGCUUGGAUACUUCAUGCUUGAUAACGCCAAGAGCAACGAUACCUGCCUAGAGACGCUUGCUAGGUGGUUUCCAAUGGAUGUCAGCCGACGCCGCCUACGCUGUAUAGGCCACGUCAGGGUGGCAAACCACUCAAUCAACUCAACCAAAGAGUCAAAUUGA